AUGAGGCCAGAAGAUACAAGGCAACGGUUGUCUGAGCCAGCAAAAUUCCUGGUGCCAGAUACUACUCUGAACUUGAUGCCCUCCAUGGCUGGUGAUCUCUUGAUGUCACUUAGUGAGGGAGGUCUCCAGUACCUCUUGGCCGGAGCAAGAGCGAACGUCGGUGUGAAGUCUGGCCGCUACAUGUUUGAGGUGCGAGUUUGCGAGUGUCCCAGACAGGAAGAUGCUGUACAACCACAGGUCAAACCGCCAAUGCCGCGAAAUUUGCUCCGGAUCGGUUUUGGUACUAUGAAUGCCGCUUUGCUCCUGGGGGACGCAGAGGACAGCGUUUCCUUCGAUUCGGAGGGCAAUUUCGUGUUCAAUCGAAGGCGGACACAAUGCACACAACGCUUGGUCAGCGGGGUUGCAAUUGCUGUUUUGCUGAACCUGACUGAGGAGGGCCCAGAUGCCAACACCAUGUCACUUUUCCGUGACGGUGAGCGCAUCUCAAGGCCACAACCAAUUCCCGAGAUCUUGAAAGGAAAGCCGCUUUUUCCAAUGAUCACGUUCAAGAACUUGACCGUGCAAGUCAAUUUUGGACCACUACCCCUGGCAGAGUUGCCAUUCAAAUGCCGCAUGAUCAACGAUGCUGCUGAAGAAGAUGUUUCCAGGAUCAAGUAUCCUGAACCAAGUGAUGGUCGCCCAGAGGUACUCUUCCCAGUUUUCCUUCCGGGAGAGGGCACAUUCCAUUGGUUGGACUGGUUUCUGAAAGAGCACCCUGAGUUCACGGAGAUCAGUGACCGCAAAAUGGCUGACUGGUGCACGAAGAGUGGCAUCAAACGCGCGUGGAGAGAUGCCACAAGGCACUCCAAUGACAAACCAGAGAUGAACUUCGGCAUUUAUGCCCUAGACGACGGCUCAGCCAAAAAGACUUUACUUGCCGCGGCCGGUCUGCAGAAUCGCAACAUCGUGGUCAUGGAAGUCCAGGGCAAUCUUUCGAAGUCUGAACGGGCACAAGCUCUGCAUAUUUUGACCACUCCCGGAUUGAAACGCGCUGCCAAGGUUUUGCUGGGCGAGCCCUCUCCUGACUACAGGCAACAUGUCCGCUCCCUAGACCAGGAUGAAACACCUGGCAUCCACACAACUCACAAGCAAGAUGCAAUCAGUUUCGGCAUCACACAAGUCAAAGACGGGUUGCUGAAAGAGAAACAAGCUCGCUUGGAGAAGGCCAAUGCACAGACCGAGGAGGCUCCGGUGGCCGAGCUCACAGAGCAAGAACAAGGCAUUUGGUUCCGGCGAGAUCCUGUUCCUGAUGUCUCGCCAUUUGUGUUGGGCCAUUGCCUCGCAAAUUUGACUUUGCCAAGCAAGGCUGAGGGCUUCGAGGAGGUGACUUUUGGUUGGAGGCCUGAAUCAGAAGCUAGCGAUUAUUUGAGGAAGUGGAUCAAAGAGAAGAAAAUUGACACGCGCCUAGAGGAUUUGGAGCCAACGAAUUGGUUCAAGGAGAGGUGGCAAGUCUGGCAGAUGGAGCUUCAGACUUGGCAGCGGAAACAGGUGGAGUACAAAGAGAAGCAGAAAAUGGCUACCAUGCAACAGCAGCAGGGCCAGAUGAACCAGCAGAACCCGCAGAACCAACAGAAGACCCUCACGAAUGGUGAGAAUGGCAGCGUCGAAGGGAAAGAUUCAAAGCAGGCGCCUGAGGAAGAAGAUCCUGAAAUGAAAGAUGCAAUGGAGGAUUGCACCGAUAUGCUGCAACAGCUGCGUGAGGAAAUCGAAGUGCAGGACACGGAUGUGUUCAGUGUCGAAGACAUUUGCGACGUUGGCGAUGGAAAGCCUUUGUUUGCUGCCUUCAAUUUCGAGGACUGGGCUAUGCUAAGCCUCAGAGUUGAGAUGAACCUUCUCAUCCAUGCGUUCAAGCACGACUGUGGCGAUCCAGACCGCACAGGCAUCCAUCCAGAGUUCAUUCCUUUUUACUUCGGCAAAUAUUUCAGACGCAACUUCAGCCCCAAGUUCUAUGGGGUCAACACUAUGGAAGAGCUUAUCGGUCUCAUUGACGACACCUUGGUUCUGUGCGGCCGAGUGGUGGAGAGCCAGGUCUCUGUGGAGCUGGAGACCAACGAGGUCUUUGUAGCUCUGGCAGAAGAUGCCAGACGAAUCAGGCAGCGGAAGCUGAACUCGGGCGACAUGAGCGUCAACCUGCAAAUUAAUAUCCCACAGGAUGGCCAGUUUGGUCAAGGACAAUGCUGUGGUCAGAUGCAACAGAUGUACGGCCAAGGGUAUGGUCAAUGCUGUGGCAAUAUGGGUGGCUGCUGCUGCAACAUGGGAUGUGGGUACAACAACAUGGGUGGUUGCUGCGGAAACAUGGGUGGCUGCAACAUGGGCUGCAUGGACGGCUGGGGAAACAACAUGUGCGGCAUGGCCAACAACAUGGACGGUUGCAACAUGGGCAACUGCGGCUGCACCUGUGGCAAUGCCUGUGGUGGCUGCGAUGUCUCCAUGGGCCAAGCUGCUGGCAGCUGCGCCGCCGGCUGUGAUGGCAAGAGUGCCGAAGGCACACAAGCGCACUGA